AUGCCUCCCGCUUACGAGAAUGCCAAUCCACCCGAUCUCGAUGGCCAAUUCAACGAGUCUAUCGAGACACCCCCAAACGAGUAUACAUCACUUCUUCCUAAACCGAUAGAUCCGGAAGAUGCGACUCAAAUAGAUUGUGUCUGGCGAAGAGGCGAUUAUAAAGUGACGCGAACGAAACAAUUAUUGACAGAGUUCUGGAAAUUGACGACAAGUUCUGUUCCCGUGAUUCUGGCCUAUACCCUGCAGAUGAGUCUUCAAACAGCCACAGUUGUCAUUAUCGGACAUUCAUCUCCGAUGAACUUGGCAGUCAGUGCUUUCUCAAUGAUGUUUGCCUUGGUCACUGGCUGGAUGAUUGCGCUCGGUGGCACAACUGCUCUGGACACUCUUGCUUCAUCCACUUUUACUGGAAGUGGCAACAAACAUGAUCUUGGCGUUCUGCUUCAACGGGCAUUCUUGGUACUGGGUCUCCUAUACAUUCCUGUAUGUAUACUAUGGGCCUGCUCGAAUUCCUUCUUCCAGGCCCUUGGCCAGGACCCAGAGCUGUCUUAUCAAACAUCUCGAUUCCUAACUGUUCUGAUCCCCGGCGGUCUGGGGUACAUUUACUUCGAGACCAUGAAGAAGUUUCUCCAAGCCCAAGGAAUCAUGAGAGCUGGAACGUAUGUCUUGAUGAUUACCUCGCCACUAAACGCAGGACUAUGUUACUUCCUAUGUUACACCCUGGACUUCGGACUUCUGGCUGGUCCCAUAGCCGCAGGAAUCUCAUACUGGAUGUCAUUCUUUCUCUUGUUGUUAUAUGCUCGAUUCAUUGCCGGUUCUGAAUGCUGGGGUGGAUGGACGUGGGCAGCCUUCGAAAACUUAGGGACGUUCGCAAAACUUGCCAUUUUGGGAUUCUUCCAUGUCGGCACCGAAUGGUGGGCAUUUGAGAUCGUCGCCCUAGUAGCUGGUCGACUUGGAACGAUUCCACUUGCUGCCCAGAGCGUUAUCAUGACCGCAGAUGGAAUUCUUAAUACAAUCCCGUUCGGUCUUGGUGUCGCAACUUCAUCUCGGCUCGGUAAUCAACUGGGCCUACGCAACGCAAAGGGCGCAUCAGUAACCGCCCACUCCUCAGCUGUGCUCUCUGUGAUAUAUGGCGCCCUGGUACUAACAAUUUUGAUGGGCACUCGUGAUCACUUUGCCAAAAUUUUCAACAAUGAUCCACGGGUUGUUGAAUUGACUGCCGAAAUUAUGCCGUUUGUUGCGCUGUUCCAAAUUGCAGAUGGUUUGAAUGGAAGCUGUGGUGGAAGUCUUCGAGGAAUGGGUCGACAGCACUUAGGUGCUGCAGUUAAUCUUGUCAGCUAUUACUGUUUUGCGUUGCCUUUGGGAAUAUAUCUGGCAUUCCAUGGCUGGGGGCUGAAGGGGCUUUGGGUAGGGCAGUGCGUUGCGUUGUAUUGUGCAGGAACUCUGGAGUGGAUUCUCGUCGCAAUGACAAAUUGGGAAUCGCAGGUGCAAAGAGCCUUCAAGAGGAUGGAUGUGAGCCACUAG